CCCUCUUCAGAGUCCUAAGAGCGACGGGAAGGAUGGAUGCCAACGAAAUUUUAGAGCAGUUAGAAUGUAUCGUAUGCAUGGACUACAUGGUGCCGCCGAUCAAACAAUGCGAGAACAAGCACUCGACCUGCUCGCCUUGCAGGGCACAGUUGCCGACGUGCCCCUUAUGUAGGGGCAAACUGACUGAGAAAAGAAACAUCGACUUGGAGAAAAAGGCAAUAUUGGUACAAUUUCCGUGCAAGUUCAACAUGAAUGGAUGCGAUAAGAUGUUGAGGCACGAUGAAAAGCUCAAGCAUGAAAAGAAUUGUCCCAAGAUGCCGGUUUAUUCGUGUGCCACGGCGAACUGUAACUGGAGUGGGUCCAUGGGCCGCUUGGCGGAACAUAUGAAGGAGAAGCAUGCUGUCAUGCAUAGUAACCAGUGCGAGGGAGACAUUUACUUCCGGGUUAGCGGAAUAUUGAACUUGGCAGGUUCUGAUCAAUGGAUAAUGACAGCAACUCGCCACGGUCGAGAUUUUCUGAUCAUGAUGUCACAACUGCCACCAGAUAAAAUAAUCGCUUUUGUCCUGCUCGUUGGUUCGCCAAGUGAUGCGAAGCGUUUCCGAUGCAGAAUAGCGCUUUGCAACUCAAACAAACGUGGAAUUAAAAACGCAAAGUUGAGCUCGAUUCUCGAUAUCCAAAAAGUUCGCCUAGAUAAAAAUAUGCUAGUAUUUUCAAAAGCUGACGCACAGAGUAUUGCCAAUGAUGGAGCCAUCCAGCUUCAAGUGUCUAUCACUAAAAAUUAAAACAACCUAAAACCGUUCAAAUUAAAACA